CAUUCCUACCUGUCAUCUAGUAAUUGUUCUGUGUGGUGACAUGAGCAGAGUGGCCUGACUUUUCCCACUUAUUACAGAUGUCCGACUUAGAUAUGUUGAGCAUCCUGCUAUGAUGUCCAUCACCAAGCCGGAACACUCCGAGGCCAACCCUCAGUGCCAGACUGGCAGCCGGCCGGUGGCUGAGCCCGAGACCCCUGCUGUUCACAAUAACAGUGGAGGCUGGCUCAGCUGGGUCUUUGGGAGUGGAAGAGUUAAUAAGGAGGUUCAUCUACCUGAGGACAAAGACAGAUCUAUUGUCUGGGAUCCAACUCUGCACAGAUGGGUUAACAAAACUGAGCCCAAGGCUGAGAACAAGUGUGUACCACCACCUGCUUUAGAAUACAUGUGGUUUAAUCAAGACUGUGUCAGCUGA